CGCCGCUAUUUAACUGGAGUUGUAAAUCUAGGACGCCCAUCCACUGCUCUCCGAAGUGUCCAUCUGGCACCACGCGAAUAUGCGGGUCAAGAACUUCAUUGAUCCAUCGCAUGUCUAUCGGCCAGACAUCGGUGACCUAUGUAGCAAAUCCAACAAGGAGCACUUCCGAAACUUUGAGAAUGGCCCGCUGCAGGAACGCAUCAAGAAAACGUAUAAAGAAAUGCACACCUACCAGACCGUGGAGCUCGUUCGUAAAAAGUACGCACAGUGGGGCCGCAUGGAGCGCACGCGCAUGAGCAUCAUGAAGGCGCUCGCCGAGAUGGACCUGAUGGUGGACGAGUCGGACCCGGACGUGGACUUCCCCAACUCGUUCCACGCGUACCAGACGGCGGAGGCCAUUCGCCAGGCUCACCCGGACAAGGACUGGCUCCAGCUCGUCGGCCUUAUCCACGACCUCGGGAAGAUCAUGGCCCGCUGGGGAGAGCCCCAGUGGUGCGUGGUUGGAGAUACCUUUCCAGUUGGAUGCGCAUUCCAGAAAUCGAUCGUCUACAGAGACUCCACUUUCCAAGAUAACCCGGACUCACACGACGCGCGCUACAAUACUCUCUGCGGCAUAUACGAGCCCAACUGCGGCUUGGACAAAGUCUCCAUGUCGUGGGGUCACGAUGAGUACAUGUACCGGGUGUUGAAGUUCAACGAGUGCACCAUCCCCGAGGAGGGUUUUUACAUCGUGCGCUACCACUCGUUCUACCCGUGGCACACGGCCGGUGACUAUGACCACCUGUGUAACGAACAGGACAGGGCGAUGCUGCCCUGGGUGAGAGAGUUCAACAAAUUCGACCUGUACACGAAGAGCGAGGAUUUGCCCAACGUGGAGGAGUUGAAACCAUACUAUACAGCGCUGGUGGAGAAAUACUGCCCCGGGUCACUGCGCUGGUGAAUAGCGGGGGGUGGGGGGUCUGAACACAAACACCAGCACGGAAGCCGCAUGCCGACUUCGACAUAGCCCCGUCAAUUCGUGAAGUAGAAACCCAGCCCGUGGUGUCACUUCGCCACCACAACCGCGAAGAUUCGUGCAAACCACGGUCGCACGCGACUAAGCACUUACAUGAGCGGAGGGAUUUUUUUUUCUCUCUCCGCUAUCAGUCCGGUCCACGCAGCGGGGUUUAAAUCCCAUAAAACCUUUAGCGUUGUGGCGCUGCAGUGAGAAUCACUGAUCCGACCAAUCACGAUUGAGCUUCGGGGGGCUCACGUGCUGCCCAUUUGGCUCCGUGACUCGUCUUCAGAGCGGCAGUAUUCCGCGCUAGAGCGCAAUUGCUCGCCAAUUCUCCGCCGAUUCGUCGUGAAACUACCAACCCGCAUGGGGCUGCGACGAGGCCAUGAGAUGCGGGUACAGCGAAUGGAUUGUUGCAUUUAUUUGUGCGGAUCUACUUUUUAUGAGUGUCCCCCUCUCGGUGCGUGUGUUGUCUCCCCAGUAUACUUCCACACUCAUAAAACACUCGCCAUUAAUGGAACUCGGCAAAUAUCCAAACUCAAACUGAAUAAAAAUAAAUAGUUCUGAGAUUGGGACUGUUGGUGACGAAAUACAGGGUAUACAAACUUGAUUCGGGGUAUACAUUUAUACAUUUACAACGAUGGUAGCACACUAUGAGACAUCUCUUUUACCGGUGGCAAAAUAUAGUAAUAGGUAGAUGGUAGCACACUCACAGCAACAACUCCGAUGAGCACGGUUGGAUACGUACGGUGCGAAAGAAACGCGCCGUGGAUACGUGUGCAUGUGAAACGAAUAAAAAGGUGAACUCAAA